CUAGCGAGUAAUAGAUAUAGUUGGGGGCACGACCAAACUUGGAUUAAUUGUAAUGGCCGGAAUGUAAUAUGGCUAUCACCAGAAUACCGCCCGGUUUGUUCUGCCGUCCACGGGCGGAUGAUGUCUAUCGGCUGUUCAUCUGGACAAGUCUUUACAAUUGGCUUUUCGCAAGAUGUUUAG